AUGGCGCUCGGCCGGCCAUUGCACUCCAACCAUCCUCAGCAGCAGCAGCAGCCAGCGAUCGCCACCACAGCACCGGAGAGAGACAGCACGAUCGGGUCACCGAGCGAUCCAGCGAUCAUCACCGGCCGGUUGAUGAGCAUGACGGGACUGGGGUCGCCGUGCGGGGCGUGCAAGUUUCUGCGGCGCAAGUGCGCGCGGGGGUGCGUCUUCGCGCCCUACUUCUGCCACGAGCAGGGCGCGGCCCACUUCGCCGCCAUCCACAAGGUGUUCGGCGCCAGCAACGUCUCCAAGCUCCUGGCGCACCUGCCCAUCGCCGACCGCGCCGAGGCCGCCGUCACCGUCUCCUACGAGGCGCAGGCCCGGCUGCGCGACCCGGUCUACGGCUGCGUCGCACACAUCUUCGCGCUCCAGCAGCAGGUCAUGACCCUGCAGGCGCAGCUCGCCUCGCUCAAGGCGCACGCCGCGCCGGCGCCGCAAGGGAUGCAGCACCAGGACGACGUCAAGGGCUACGUGGGAGGCGGCGCGGCGGAUCAGUACGGGCAUGGUGGCGCCUACCAGUGGCACAACGGUCACGGUGUGGGCGCAGCGGCCGCGCAGCAGCAGUGCGCGUACGGCGGCAAUGGCGGCGCCGCGGCCGGGCACGACUCCAUCACCGCGCUGCUGGCCGGGUCGGCGGCCUCGGACUACAUGAUGUACCACGCGCUGGAGCAGUCGGCGUCGGACGACGACGGGCAUGCCGCGGCGGCGGGCUUCGAGACGGCGGAUCAGUCGUCAUUCGGCACGGAGGAGAGCGGGUGGAGGUCGUCGUCGCGGUACCAAGACUGCGAGGACCUGCAGAGCGUGGCGUAUGCCUACCUUAAGCGCUCGUAA